AUGAUUGAUGAUGAAGACGACGAAGACUGCGAUCAUCUUGUUUAUAUCAAGUCGCUCGGUCCCAAGUUCCGCGGAGUCGGAGAGUUGGUCACUCAUCCAAAAGCAGACGACGAUGGCUUUGGCUUGCUGAAAGACAUGGCUUCGUCCUCUCUGAACUCCGAUUUCGACUAUGAGGGUGAGUACAAAGACUACGAGUAUACCCACGGGAUUCUCGAAGAGAUGGGCGUUGGAUGCGAAGAACUGAGUGCUUGGCCAUACACCCACACUUACUUCCGCACCGAGAUGCCAGAUGGCAGCAAGAUAAUCAUGGCAAAGUUCCAUGAUGCCUAUGCAAAACAUUAUACAGGCCGGCCAGCUUUCCAGGGUCUCAAGGUCAGCGACGAGGUUCAUCAGCACUUCCUGGACCUAGCUUGCGAUGUGUCCAAACACAAGCCACACUUACAUCUUCUCGCAAGGAAAUUCGGAUCUGUUGUGGACGAAGAAGAGCCCCGUCUGAACAUCGGUUGUUUUGAACAUCCUCGGCAGUUCCCAGCGGUGUGGAAUGAAGACUUCGACGAAAUUCCUUUGCCUCUUGGAGAAGAACGUGUAGUUGUCGGACUAGUUCAUUCCGGUAAUCAGCGCAAAAUCGUCUACGAGACGAUGAAAGUGCGCAAAGAUCUACCAGAAGACCCAAUGGGUAUCGAAGCAGCUCGCGCGCUCGCCGAGUACCAGGAAGACGAUGAGCAGACUCAACGGGCUACGCCAAUCCCUGAAAGCGAUCGGCCUUGUUUUGAAGGAGGACUACGGCUAGACGAUGUACCAAAAGCAAAUUGGGAUUACCUUCACGAUUUCCCAGGCGAGAAUGAUGGAUUCGUUCAAGGUACCCUGGACAGACUGGAGAAGCUACGCGCUGAACCGGAACGCUAUGAUCAACUAGUCGCAACCGAUUCCCACGAGUAUGAGCCCGGCAGUAUCCUUGGAGAUCGGCAAGGUCUUGAAGAAAGCAUGAUCGUUGGACUCUGGAAUGGCUUGUACCACGAAGAAGAGUGUGACACCGAGGCACUACGCGAUCAGGGGCUGCUUAAUCCCGAAGACGACUUUGGCGACAACCCGGAGUACCUGAAGGCGAAGAAGCUAUGGUGGGAGCAGAAGAUGGGCAUCCGCGGCAUUGAAGCUAUUGUGCGGUACCAUAUGAAGCUCAUUCGCGCACGGCGACGCCCGAAUCGAGCUGCAUACUUCUUGACCGAGGAAGACGAUGCCAUUCUGAACAAAAAUUCGCCAGAAUACCCAGCAUCGCGUGCUAGUCCAGAGAAGGUUCCCGAAGAACAUCGAUUCUAUGACGAGCUCCAUGACAACCCACUGGAUUGGACAGCAAAGUCUGAGUCCUGGAUUCGGCAGUGGCGUCUCUCGGUUACCAACACCAUCGCACACGACGACUUCGACGAGGAAUGUCGCGAGGCUUACGAUGCGCUCGUGGAUUACCAGGACAGCCGCGAACCAGGCUGCGAAGCACACAAAGAGCCAGAAGAGUUUGCACGCCCGCUGCUGGCGGGGCGCCGUGUUCCUACUAUGGCUGCGCUAGAGCGGAAACGCAGCGAUUCGGGUGUUCAGCUAGAUAACAUCACUGGUCCCGUUGGCCUAAAUGCUGGUUUCAAUUGUGCACCCGGCAAGAUUCCUGCGGCUCCUCCGCUUGUCAACCACAGCGCUUCUGUAUUGAACUCUACAGCUCGCACGUCAGGCGGACUCAUGGAGCAUAUCCUGAAGGUUCGCGAUGAUGAGGAAACCAACCUGGCUGACGCGAUGGCUAAUGCGCCUUCUCCAAAGUUCCUUAAGGCGUUCCUGGAAAAGAAGAAGAAUCGCAAUGCACCUUCUUCAAAAUUUCUCAGGGCAUUCUUGGAGAAGAAGGCCUUUGGAGGUGUUGUUAAAUCCAGCAUCCAAGUUCCGCCUGGCAUCCUCGCCGACUAUUCGGCAGUUGAGGAUGAACUUUGUGAUCAAGAAUCAGGCAUGCCAUGUAACGUGAUACAAAAUAAUGCACCCGGUCUUGUCCCUAUCCAGGGACGCGUCUGGGUACGCUCAUCGAACCCCGAGGUGAGCCGUGAACAAAAUCGCGAACAGCAGGAGACUGCUACCCGCGAUCAUAUGGUCAUUUCUCGACCGAGAAAUGAUGCCGAGGACGAAUUGAUGCAUUUACUGCAUCUGCUCAUCACCAAGGCUAAUUCCAUGCUCCGCCCCUAA